AUGAAACGACAUCAACAACGUCAACAACGUCAACGACCUCAACAACUUCAACGACAUCAACAUCGACGACAUUCACAACGUCGACAACAUCCACGACUUCAAUGGCUACUACUUAGGGCAUACUUUGGCCUCCGAUUGUGGUUUUUUAAAAAUAUAGGAAUCCUUAGAAGAUCAAGUUUGUCUAAAAUAUAGAAUUUUCGAUAAAGAAUGACAAAAAUACAGGAUUUUUUACAGAUCGUUUCUGUUCAAUUGUUUUGGUGCUUUUUAACUUCUCUGCUCGAAAAUCGUUUAAUGAAACUGUUAUAAACAGCUCAACCAUAACCAAGAUUCUUAUAUAAUCUCUUUCUACUUAAAUAAGUCGCUAAUUCGAGGAUCACUAUAAAGUUUAAUUAUAAAACUUUUUCACAAAUCAAUAAAUAACAAUAAAGUAGAUCAUAAACUUUGAAAAAAUAAAUACAUGAAAAAAACAAAUACUAUUUCUCAUAAUUAAGUUUGACUUAUAAAAAUAAAACUUGAUUAUAAAUAGACAAAACACUUGAAUAAUAAUCAUUAAGUGUUAUCUAUCAAGUCGAUUAUAUUAUGUUGAUUCUGUUGGAUGGAUUUCAGCUUCUUGUUGAUUGAUUGUUCAUGAAGAAAAGCAUCUUUUCUUUUUAAUCGAAGUUUAUCAAGCUCAUUUGUAAGUUGUUGCUGUUGUUCAUUAACUGAUGUUAAUUUUU